AUGGAGACCCUGGACCUGUCGUGGAUGAGCGCUCUGUGGCACCGGACGGAGCGCGAAAUCAAGCUCCGCGGGCUCACGCUGGCUUGCAAUGCCCCGCUGGGCCUCGGGCUCGUCAAGGCCUUCAACAUCUGGACAGCCAUGAAUCUGGCCAUCCACGGCCUUCUCCCGUCGACCCUGCAGUCCUGCUUCGGCUCCUCCGCGAUGUUGGGCGGGUGCGCGGGGGAAGGUGGCCUGAUGCACGGCGCGUGCAUCGACACGUCCAGCAUCCUCCCGGGCAUGACUGUUGGCGAGCGCCUGGCCAUCCUCGACCGCGUGUGGCCCAUGCGCUGCGGGACGGACGUCUUCGCCCUCCUGUGGAUGCUCCUGACGCCCAUGCUCUUCAGCGGCUCCAUCGCGCUCCCGCUCCUCCUCGGCACGCUCCUGCCGGGCAGCUCCUGGGCUGCGCGGCGAGACGAUGUGUGGAAACGCCGCGGCACGGUCCUCUUCGGCCAACAAAUCAUCCGCGUGCUCGGUAACACGUACAUCAUGAUCAGCAGGCCGCAGGACUCCGCGUUCCUGCACUCCUCCGCGCUGACGAUCUCGUUCCUGACCGCGCUCGAGGUCGACACGGGCGACAAGUUCAACGACCUGGCCACCCCCCCGCUGCCCAUCACGGUGGCGCGCCUCACCACGCCCAUCUGCUUCGCGCUCGCGGCCCUGUUCGAGAUCGUCGUGUACGGCGCGCCGCUCGCACGCAUCCAGCUCUACGUCACCGCGACCAUCCUCUUCGUGGUGACGUACGUGCUUACGGCAGUGUGGAUGAAGGCCCCCGACCGAAACGAACUCAGCGGCGAGCACCGCACGGGAGGGUGGCGCGCGGUGUCGAUCCUGCUCAACGUCCUCGCGACGUGGGCCGCAGUCGUCCUCGCGAUGUGGGCCUUCGCGUGGCGCGCGGCCCGGCACGACAGCCCCGCGUCCGUGCCCCCGUUCUACAUGCUGGUGGCGGCGCUCAUCCUGCUGUGCGCGCUCCAGCACGUGGGGAGGAUCAUGGCAGAGUCGCGCGCGCGCAUCGUGCGCAACAUCCUCCCCGACCAGGUCGCCGCGCACGUCCUCGACAAGGUCACCGCGCGGUCGGGCGCUGGCGCGUCGGGAACGAGCACGACGCACGGCGCCCGCGGCGCGCCCGUGUCGCUGACGCCCAAGGUCAGCGAGAUGUGGUCGGCCUCGGACGGCGCGUCGUGGCACAGCAAGCCCCCCGCGAACGAGCCGGCGUACAAGCCGGUGAAGGCCGCGCAGGGCAAGCGGGCGCCGACCCGGCAGCGUGUGCAGUUCGCCGUCGACGACAUCUCGCUGGAGGUGCGCGGACGGUCCCGCGCGGGCCAGCGGCGGUCGUUCCACCAGCCCGGGGGGGAGCCGGGAGCGGGCAGCGCAGGGGUGCAGCGGCCGGCGGCGAAGUCGACCUCCGAGGUGGACGACGGGCUGCGGCAGCGGAGCGUGACGAUGGACGGCAACGCGGGGCGGUCGUCGGGGCGGUCGCGGUCGGAGCGGAAGCGCGAGCUGCGGAAGCAGGCGGCCGAGCUGGAGCAGCUGGCCAUGCGCAAGGCGGCCCCGCGGCUGUUCGACAAGCACGACGGGUCGGACGCGCUCAAGGGUAUGGUGCGGCGGUGGUACGCGCCGCGGUCGCUGCAGGGCCCGCACGACCCGCCCCCGUGUCUGACCAGCUUCGAUGACGUGACGGUGGUGUUCAGCACGGUGAUGGGGUGGGACGAGAGCCCGACGGGGGACGCGGACGACGCGAGCAAGCUCCGCAGCCUGCACACGUGCUUCUCGAGGCUCGACGGCCUGGUCCAGGGGCUCGGGAUCUACAAAUACGAGACGGUCAGCGACACGUACAUCGCCAUCAUUUCCCCGCCGGCGAGCGGCGCGGACGCGCAGGCCGCGACCGCGCUGGCCUUCGCCACGUCGAUCUUCUUUGCGGCCUCGUCCGUGCCGCGCCCCGGCUGCGAGCACGAGGAAGAGCGCAUCUCCCAGGACGGCGCCGAGUCUUACAACCGCCUGUCGUGCCGCGUGGGCAUCCACCGCGGCCCCAUCUCCGGCGCCGUCCUCGGGAACCUGCGCCCGCUCUUCACCGUCAUCGGCACGACCGUCAACAUCGCGUCGCGCAUGGACAGCAGCUGCCCCCGCGGAUGCAUAAAGAUGACGGAGGCCGUCUUCGACGAGCUCCACCCAGAGCUCCAGUCGCUGUGCUCGCACUCCGAGGAGUACGUCAAAGGCAUCGGGCUCAUGCCCACGUGGACGCUGCCCGUGCUCACCAGCGACGACACGGCGCCGGUGUCCGGCGUGCGCAGUUUGUCCACCCGGGUCUCCAAAGCCAGCGCCGACGGGGACAGCUUUGGACCAAACAUCUUCAAAGUGGUCGACCCGUGA